GCUCUCCAAGAAAAAGUUCCCACACACAUUGUUACAAUUGCUACUCUCACUGGCCAUGCCGUCUUGGCUAUGGGUCCUGCCUACUCAAUUGUGAUUGACAAUGGGCCUGCAGCUCGUACCAAGUUUGCUCAAAAUAUCCAAAAAGCUGGACAUGACAUGGGUGAUCCGUUUGAAAUCUCGACAGUUCGUAGAGAGGAUUACGACUUCGUCAGAGCCCAUUCAGAGUACGCAGACGUAUUGCAGUGUAAUAACUCUCCAUCCAGUAGAACACCCAGAGGACAUCAGUUCCCAGCUGCUUUCCUCAUCAGGGCCUCAGGACUUGAUAAGCAUGGUAUUGACUCAAACCAGCCACUCUGUUACUCUCACUUUGACAUUGCUGGAUCAAGUGGUACAUUCCCACAAGUUCCUACUGGGGCGCCAGUGGUUGCCAUGACAGAAACCUUUCUCAAAAGCCACUGUUGAACAGAUCAUAAGCUGAUAGCUUUGCACAGCUUCAUUUUCUUGCUUGAGCACGACACUUCAAAGAUAGAUCAGCACGAGAAAUCUGAUUUCUGUUGAUUUUCGUUGAAUUAGUUCUAGAAUGAUGUGGGAGUCGCAACGGCAUAUGCAAGGCUUAAAAUAUAAUUUUGAAAAGAAACAGGUUAAAUGACUGAUGAAGUGUUAGAUAAUCUCGAAUGAAAUGAUCGAACAGGUAACUUUUAAAUUUUAAUAUUGAAAUAGUAAUUAUUAAUAUGGCAAAAUUAGGAAAUACUAGUGGUGAAGUUGAGCUGAGAUAAAUAGGUUCUGAAAAGUUUGUACUUAGUCGUCUUUUUCGUAGAAUCUCAGAGUUUUCGAUAACGCUUCGGUGUGAAAGUUUGAGCCAAAGUAUUGCUGGAAGUAGUGAGAAACAACGUAACAUGUCAGUGAUUCCUCGCGGUUGUUUGAAAAAUUUAGUGGAAUAUGAGUGACAAAUAAAUUAAAUAAAGAAUUUUUUUGUUGUUGCUGA